AUGGGCGACCCAGCGGAAACGGAAACUACUACUUUUCUGUCAGACGAAGCGCUUCAGGUUGCCAUAAGCUCUCAAGAUAUAACCGCCGUGCAAAAGUUAUUCGACGAAUCUACGGAGAAAGAGGCCGAUAAAAGAUUGAUUGUUGAUCAGUACUUCCGGUCAGUUCUCACCCAUGAAUUUCUGCAAAAGAAAAGCACGGACGAAACGCUGAAGUUUGUUAACUUUUCGAUCGACGUUGCUACUGCAGAUUUCUGCUCGAAAUACACGCCUGUCACUCUUCUUUCGGACAUCUUUGACUGCUCGGUCAUUAUGGAGUGCGAAAAAAUUUUCGACUUCGUGGAACAACACGUGCGGCUGUGGGAAGUGAACGAGGGCUUUGACGUGUGUCGCAACCACCUGCUGCGGAUGUGCAACGACCUGCUGCGUCGACUGUCGCGGACGAUCAACACUGAAUUCUGUGGCCGCAUUCUCGUGUUCUUGGCCAAGUGCCUGCCGCUCAUGGAAAAAUCAGGAUUGAACUUGACCAGCCAGUUCAACAUCGACAACGUCACUCGUUACGAAAGCGUGAAGGAAGGAGACACGAAGGAGGUAAGCGCGGACGACGCAGCUUUGAUGAACGUCGAGGAAGGCGAAAUGAGCGACAAUGCCGGUGAACAGACCAGUCCUGUCGACUACAACUUGUACUGCAAAUUUUGGCAGUUACAGUCGUUUUUCGCUGCACCCACUAAUUGUUAUGAGAAAUUUGGCUGGCGGCAGUUUCAACACAAUACGGCCGAAAUUCUUUCGACGUUUGCAUGCCAGAAACUGGAAGAUACCAAUCAUACGAAACCAAGAUUUUGCAAGGACGCUGACCUGUCGAAGCCGGAUGUAUGUCCGGCGCCGAGUGACGAGAAGGAGGCAUCUUUUAAACCAGCCAAAGUGCCUGAUGUCGAAAUGAUCGAUACGGAAGUACUUCAGGCUAUCGAAGAUGAAAAAAAAGAGCCUUGUCUGAAAAACGAGUAUUUUGCAAAGUACCUGACCAACCAAAGGCUGAUACAAUUGCAGCUUAGCGACAGCAACUUUCGGCGCUCGAUUCUGACACAGUUCUUAAUCACCUUUCAGUACUUGACGGCUGACAUCAAGUUUAAAGACAAGAAGAUUUGCGUUUUAACCGACGAGCAGUUGCAGUGGAUAAACGAAAUGACUGAGAAGUGUUAUGUUUUGCUGUCCCAGACACAUCCGGAUGGAAAACACUUCGCUGAAGUUGUAAAGCAUAUUCUAGAACGCGAGGAGCUGUGGAACGAGUGGAAAAAUAACGGUUGUCCAGAUUUUACGAAAAUGGCAGACAGAGACGUCAUGAGACCAUUCAAAAAGCGCUUGAGGAAGAGGAAUCCGGGUUUGUUGUACGACCUCGGCAAUCCCGUGUUAACCGCUCUGUGGAACCAAUGCUCCGACAAGUUAGAGUCUUGCAAGGAGCCGCAGAGGCAGUUUGUUCCUGACGUUGACGUGUUUUUCAAAGAGGCCGUUGAGCAGUCAGCACAGAAUCUGCCGACGAAUUCACCGGAGAAGCUGGUGAACAACGAAAAUUUUCAGUGGCGCGCUCUGAGAUUGUUGGCGAUGAAAAGCUGUCACUUCUUCACACCGCCGAAUCUUCAGGUCACCAGAAUUCCGCCUUAUUUGGAGACUCUGAUUGGCAAAACAGUCCAGGAUGGACCGAAAACGUUAAUCAUGCGCGAAGACCCAACGAUUAUCGAUUCUUCGAGCAAAAUUUUAAAGGAAAAAGUGAAGGUGGACAUGGUUGCCGAAACGCAUGUGGUUUCCAGGCCAAAAGAUGGAGGUUAGUC